GUGUGUUUGUGUCUCUGUAUUCAUGCAGUAAAAUGGCAGGAGCCAGAGUUUUUCAUGAUGAGUUCAUGUGUGCAGUGUGUCUGGAUCUCCUGAAGGAUCCAGUGACCACUUCAUGUGGACACAGUUACUGUAAGAGCUGUAUUACAGGCUGCUGGGAUCAGGAGGAUCAGAGGAGAGUCUACAGCUGUCCUCAGUGCAGACAGACCUUCAGUCCAAGACCUGCUUUAGCUAGAAACACCAUGCUGGCUGAAGUGGUGGAGAAACUGAAGAAGACCAAACUCUCUGCUGACUGUGACGCUGGAGCUGGAGAUGUGCAGUGUGACGUCUGUACUGGAAGAAAAUACAAAGCCGUCAAGUCGUGUCUGGUGUGUCUGGAGUCUUACUGUCAAACUCAUUUUGAGCGGCACGAGGAGUUUCAUUCACGUAAACCACACAAAGUGACUGAAGCCACUGGACGACUGCAGGAGAUGAUCUGCCAGAAACAUGAGAAGCUCCUUGAGGUUUUCUGUCGCACUGACCAGAAAUGUAUAUGUGUGCUGUGUACGAUUAUUGAACAUAAAAACCAUGACAUUGUACCAGCUUCAGACCAGAGGACAGAGAAACAGAAGCAGCUGAAGGAGACGCAGAAGACGUUCCAGCAGAGAAUCCAGCAGAGAGAGAAAGAUCUCCAGUAGCUGAGAGAGGCUGUGGAGUCUCAGAAG